AGGGGAUUUCCCUUUGACAGGCGGACCACAGACAGAUUUGGCUGAAUCAGGGAAUCUGUAUAAAUGUCUUAUAUAGACUCCUUGGACAAAUACUGUGGCCUCAUAUUGAAAGUGACAAACUCGGUUCUCAGGGUCAACCUUUUAUUGACUUGAAAACUGAAACAAGAUGGAUCGAAAACGGAAGGCCGAUGAUCCAAGUGAUGUCACAGUGCAGAAAAAGGCAACCUCGGGUGACACAAUGGAUUGUGCAAAGAAGGUUCUUGAUUCCUGUGCUGCCACAUUGCGGACAUUGGCAACACCAUGUGACAUCACAGAAGGUGGAUCUGGCCCGUCUACCUCAUCUGCUCCCACUAGCUACUCUGUGACUGGUGUGAGUGGUGGAACGGUCUCCAAUAGUAAUGUGGCAGGUGUGAUUGUGAAUUAUCCAGCAGCCGAAUGUUCACUUCUUCAACAUUUGAUCACUGAAACUGAGAUGAAGAUCAGAUCAAGAGAUCCCACAAAUGUUUCAACAUACACAGAGAGGGCUGCAUUCCGACAUCUGAAGACGUGCGGCAGUAUCAUCAUCAAGGGAAGAUCAGGGUCCGGGAAGUCACAUCUCGGGUAUACUUUGUUGGAAAGGGUUGCAAAAUCAUGUUCAAGGAUACCGGUGAAGGUGUCAUCACCAAAAGAGUGGAAUUACAUACACAAAUCAAGGACGUCUGAUGCUAAAAAGUAUGUUGUAAUGGUUGAUGACAUUUUUGGGCGAACAAAUUUGAUCCAGUCAAGCCUUGAUGAGUGGAGGCAAAAGUUUGACCUAGUGUGGCCUCUUGUGGAGUCUGGACAGAUUUGGUUAGUGAUGACUUCACGUCCAGAGAUCAUUUCUCAAGGAGAACCAGAAAUAUUUAGAUAUGAAGUAAUAAAUAAGGCAAAACAGAUCGUUCUUGAUGAAGGAAAGUACCGUCUCCGAGAGUCAGAAAAAUUACAAUUCCUUGAGAUCUUGUGUGGAAAAGAUGUAAGGAAGGAAGACAUGAAAGAAAUUGCCAAUAUGGACACUACUUUGGGAUUCCCACAAUGCUGUACAUUCUUUGCAGCAAAUAAGGAUGCAAGAUUGAAAGGAGUUGAAUUUUUCAAGAAACCUUUUGAAUUUAUAAAAGAUUUGUUUGAGUGUGUUAAGAAGGCGCAACCUGAAGUUUAUUUUGUGUUGCUGUUGGUUUUCAUGAAUGAAGGACGACUUUCCAUGAAAGAGCUCAUGUCAAUAGAGCAUGAGGACAAAUUUGAAAGGCAGUUUAAAACCAUUUCAUCCCAUUGUAGGCUGAAGAAAACAUGUCUGUCCAAGGCUGACAUAAGGGAUGUAGCAAAAUCAGUCUGUGGGAUAUAUCUUUCAGAAGCUUCCAGAUGUUUCCUAUUCUCACACAGGUCAAUACAUGAUGUCUUGUUUGUAGCCCUGUGUGAAGAUAGUCUUGCUUUAGGAAUCAGAAUGAGCACACCAGUCAUGCUGCUAGAAUUUAUUCGAAUCAAUAAACAGAAACUGGAAAGAUGCAAGCAACGUAAUGUUGUUUUUCUAGAUGAAGAAGAUUAUCCAAUUUUGGCUGAUAAACUGAGGGAAUAUCUGUCAAAUGAGAAAACUCGAUACGUUGUGCUGUCUCACCCAGCUUUACAAGACACAGAGUUUUUACGUGUGAUCUUUCGUGAAUGGAAAACUGAUGACAUAUACCAACUGUGCAGGCACAACGGAGAGAAAGUUGUCAAACUUUUUGCUUUACCUCUUAGUGGAAAACUAGGUUUGCCACAAACUGUCAACAUUCUUGAAUAUAAUUUGUUUCUCUCCUAUGUUAUCAUGAAUCACAUGAAGGAGUUUGCUUCACGUAAGAUUCAGUUACUUCGUAGUUGUAAUUCGGAGGACAUUCAUCCCGUUUUAAAUGAAGCCUUGCUUUGUGCUUUGUUUACUUGUGAUAAAGACUUAGCAACAGCCCUUCUUUCAAGUGGAGCUAAACCAAACAUGUUGUGUUUUAUCUCACUUUGUAACUGGCCACAACUAGAUGCAAAUACCUCAUCAACUAUCAUUAGUCAGAUAGAAGACAAUGAAACAAAUCUGAAACUUCUCUUAAGUAUUGCAGUUAUUUCCUGCAAUAAGACAGUGAUCAGGGUUUUAAGUCCAAAACUCACUGCUCUAAGUGGAGACCAUGACCAGUUUUACAGCCAUUGCUUAGAAUUGUUGCUUAAAAUCAAUGGCAAUGGCCACAGGGGGAUUACACAAAUGACCACAAAUGCUGGACAUGAUAUACUUGAGGUGAUGACACUUCUUGAAGAAGGUGGUGGACAAUUGGAUUCCAGAAAGAUAAGUCUUGCAUCUAGCCACAAAGACCCAUCUGUGUUAAGGAAACUGUUGCUCAGAUCAUGUGAUGAUAUACAUGUGACUGAUGAAUUUGGUCGGACACCAUUACAUUUGGCUUGUAUGUAUGGUGGUGCUGAUGGUGUUGAAUUACUACUGGAACAUGGAGCAGAGUUAUCAGUGGACAAACGAGGGUCGACUCCAUUUCAUUUUGCAUUGAAAUCUUGUGUUGACCAGAAGAAAAAGCUGAAGCUAUUGCUCAAAAAGAAUUCAACUAAUGAUGAAGACUUUGUCAACUUGACAGAUCACGUGAAGCGCAGAGCGCUCCAUUAUGCUGCAGGUGCAGAGGCUCAAGCUGAUAUUCCAGGUCCUUUCGAUAUGUUUUUUGUUCAUCAACAAAAAUGGCAUGUUCAAAUACGUCUCUGCUGUGCAGCGAAGAAUGAGUGUAUGGAGUGUGUUAAGCUCUUGCUCCCAGAGUCAAAUGUAAAUGCCCAGGAUAGCGAUGGUAAUACAGCUUUACACUUCAGUUCCUUGUCUGAUGAACCCCACUCUCAUGAAGUAAUACAAGCACUGCUUGAGAAGGGAGCUGAUGUCAGAAUCAAGAACAAGAAAGGUGAAACACCUCUACACUGUGCAGCACGGAAGAAGUGUAUGGAGUGUGUUGAGUUGUUGCUUCCAUUGUUAAGUGUAAAUGCCCAGGAUGGCGAUGGUAAUACACCUUUACUUUGCAAUUUCUUGUCUGCUAAACCCCACUCUCAUAAAGUGCUACAAGCACUGCUGAAGAAUGGAGCUGAUGCAGGAAUCAAGAACAAGAAAGGUGAAACACCUCUCCACUGUGCAGCACGGGAGAAGUGUAUGGAAUGUGUUGAGUCAUUGCUUCCAGACUCAGAUGUAAAUGCCCAGGAUGUUGAUGGAAAUACACCUUUACUUUGCAAUUUCUUGUCUGCUAAACGCCACUCUCAUAAAGUGAUACAAGCACUGCUGAAGAAGGGAGCUGAUGUCAGAAUCAAGAGCAAGAAAGGUGAAACACCUCUACACUGUGUAGCACGGAAGAAGUGUAUGGAGUGUGUUGAGUUGUUGGUUCGAUUGUCAGAUGUAAAUGCCCAGGAUAGUGAUGGUGAUACACCUUUACUUUGCAAUUUCUUGUCUGCUAAACCCCACUCUUAUAAAGUGCUACAAGCACUGCUGGAGAAGGGAGCUGAUGUCAGAAUCAAGAACAAGAAAGGUCAAACACCUCUCCACUGUGCAGCACGGAACAAGUGUAUGGAGUGUGUUGAGUUGUUGGUUCGAUUGUCAGAUGUAAAUGCCCAGGAUAGUGAUGGUGAUACACCUUUACUUUGCAAUUUCUUGUCUGCUAAACCCCACUCUCAUAAAGUGCUACAAGCACUGCUGGAGAAGGGAGCUGAUGUCAGAAUCAAGAACAAGAAAGGUCAAACACCUCUCCACUGUGCAGCACGGAACAAGUGUAUGGAGUGUGUUGAGUUGUUGGUUCCAUUGUCAGAUGUAAAUGCCCAGGAUAGUGAUGGUGAUACACCUUUACUUUGCAAUUUCUUGUCUGCUAAACCCCACUCUCAUAAAGUGCUACAAGCACUGCUGGAGAAGGGAGCUGAUGUCAGAAUCAAGAACAAGAAAGGUCAAACACCUCUCCACUGUGCAGCACGGAACAAGUGUAUGGAGUGUGUUGAGUUGUUGGUUCGAUUGUCAGAUGUAAAUGCCCAGGAUAGUGAUGGUGAUACACCUUUACUUUGCAAUUUCUUGUCUGCUAAACCCCACUCUCAUAAAGUGCUACAAGCACUGCUGGAGAAUGGUGCUGAUGCAGGAAUCAAGAACAAGAAAGAUGAAACGCCUCUCCACUGUGCAGCACGGGAGAAGUGUAUUGAGGGUGUUAAGCUGUUGGUUCCAUUGUUGAGUGUAAAUGUCCAGGAUGGCGAUGGUAAUACACCUUUACUUUGUGUUUUCCAUGAUCCAUUCAGCAGUGAGUUUGACUGUUUUGAUGAAUGCCUCUUUCAUGAAGUGCUACAAGCACUGCUGAAGGAGGGAGCUGAUGUACAAAUGCAAAACAGGAAAGGCCAAACACCUCUCCACUAUGUAAAUGCCCAGGAUGUUGAUGGUAAUACACCUUUUCAUUGUGUUUUCCAUGAUCCAUUCAACAGUGAGUUUGACUGUUUUGAUGAAUGCCUCUUUCAUGAAGUGCUACAAGCACUGCUGAAGAACGUAGAUGCUCCAGGAAUAAAAAACAAGAAAGGUGAAACACCUCUCCACUAUGCAGCACGGGCCGGAUAUAUGGAAUGUGUUGAGCUGUUGGUUCCAUUAUCAGAUGUAAAUGCCCAGAUAGUGAUGGUGAUACACCUUUACACUACUGUUUCUUGUCUAAUGAACCCAACUGUCAUGAAGUGCUACAAGCACUGCUGGAGAAGGGAGCUCAAAAUCAAGAACAAGAAAGGUGAAACACCUCUCCACUGUGCAGCACGGGAGAAGUGUAUUGAGGGUGUUAAGCUGUUGGUUCCAUUGUUGAGUGUAAAUGUCCAGGAUGGCGAUGGUAAUACACCUUUACAUUGUGUUUUCCAUGAUCCAUUCAGCAGUGAGUUUGGCUGUUUUGAUGAAUGCCACUCUCAUAAAGUGCUACAAGCACUGCUGGAGAAUGGAGCUGAUUUCAAAAUCAAGAACAAGAUAGGUGAAACACCUCUCCACUGUGCAGCACGGAAGAAGUGUAUUGAGUGUGUUGAGUUGUUGCUCCAAGUCAGAUGUAAAUGCCCAGGAUAG